GCCUCCUCGCGCCAGGGGGCGUGACCGCGAGCUCCGCGUCCCGGCCGCGCUGGCCUCGGUCCCGGCGGCGCGGCCCCCUUUGCCCGGUGCGCGCGAGCCCGGUCCUCGGUGGCCUCCCGGGUGCCAGGGUCUCGGCGCCCAACCGGACAAGCAGCCCGGCUCCUUCCAGUGCAGGCGCCGCGGCGCGGGGACAGGUCCACGAGGCCGCCGCCGCCUCUGACGCCGUGUACCACGCGCUGACGAUGUGGACGCGCCUUCCGUCGGCGUCUGGCGCAGAGGCGAGCCCGGGCCCUUCCCCGGAGCAGGGCGGGAGGCCUCCCGUCACUCUCGGGACGCGGGCCGGGAUGCCUUCCCUCAGGUCCCGCCUCCUGCGGUCGCGUGCGUCACGGCCGCCGCGGAGCCUCCUGGGAGUUGUGGUUCAGACUCUCCCCCCCGCCUCCGGCGCCAGUGGGCUGCAGACUACAACUCCCGGCAGGCCCCGCGGCGGCCCCAGGAGCCCCGGGCUCGGGGUCCUCGGCAGCCUCAGCCGGUGGUCGCGGCGCGGCAGGGCGGCCCGGCUGGCGGGGUUGAGCAGCAGCGGGGCCGCGGGCGGGCUGUCCCACACCCCGAGGCCGCUCGGCAGGCCACUGGCAGAUAGACUCGGCGCUUUUCGGCCCCUGGCGCCCCCAGGCCUAGCGGGCGGGACGCAAACUUACGGGCGCCACAGGGCUGGAUGGCUCUGGGCUUGGACGCUCGGCGAGGCUAGAGGCCAGUCCCCCGGUCUCCAGGCGCCAGGGCUGCAGCCGCAGGCUCAAGGCGGGCAGGGGGGGCGACUGGACGACCAGACAGGUCCCGGAGCGGCUCCACCCACCAUGGACCCAGACCCCCAGGCAGGCGUACAGGUGGGCAUGCGUGUGGUGCGCGGCGCAGACUGGAAGUGGGGCCAGCAGGAUGGCGGUGAGGGCGGCGUGGGCACAGUGGUGGAGCUUGGCCGCCAUGGCAGCCCCUCGACCCCUGACCGCACGGUAGUCGUGCAGUGGGACCACGGCACCCGCACCAACUACCGCGCAGGCUACCAGGGCGCGCACGACCUGCUGCUCUACGACAACGCGCAGAUCGGCGUCCGCCACCCCAACAUCAUCUGCGACUGCUGCAAGAAGCACGGGCUGCGGGGCAUGCGCUGGAAGUGCCGCGUCUGCUUCGACUAUGACCUGUGCACGCAGUGCUACAUGCACGACAGGCACGACCUGGCCCACGCCUUCGAGCGCUACGAGACGGCCCACUCCCGCCCGGUCACCCUGAGUCCCCGCCAGGGCCUCCCAAGGAUCCCGUUGAGGGGCAUCUUCCAAGGCGCGAAGGUGGUGCGGGGCCCGGACUGGGAGUGGGGCUCGCAGGACGGAGGGGAAGGGAAGCCAGGCCGAGUGGUGGACAUCCGUGGCUGGGAUGUGGAGACGGGCCGGAGCGUGGCCAGUGUGACGUGGGCCGAUGGCACCACCAAUGUGUACCGUGUGGGCCACAAGGGCAAGGUGGACCUCAAGUGUGUGGGCGAGGCGGCUGGCGGCUUCUACUACAAGGAGCAUCUCCCAAGGCUCGGCAAGCCGGCGGAGCUGCGGCGCAGGGUGAGUGCCGACGGCCAGCCUUUCCAGCACGGGGACAAGGUUAAGUGUCUGCUGGACACAGACAUCCUGAGGGAGAUGCAGGAAGGCCACGGCGGGUGGAACCCCCGGAUGGCGGAGUUUAUCGGACAGACGGGCACCGUGCACCGCAUCACGGACCGUGGGGACGUGCGCGUGCAGUUCGGCCGCGAGACGCGCUGGACCUUCCACCCUGGGGCUCUCACCAAGCACAACGCCUUCUGGGUGGGCGAUGUGGUGCGGGUCAUCGAUGACCUUGACACCGUGAAGCGGCUGCAGGCCGGCCACGGCGAGUGGACGGAUGACAUGGCUCCUGCCCUGGGCCGCGUCGGGAAGGUGGUGAAGGUUUUCAGGGACGGGAACCUGCGCGUGGUGGUCGGCGGUCAGCCGUGGACCUUCAGCCCCUCCUGCCUGGUGGCCUACCGGCCCGAGGAGGACACCAACCUGGAUGCGGCCGAGCGCGCCAGGGAAAACAAAAGCUCCCUGAGCGUCGCCCUGGACAAGCUGCGAGCCCAGAAGAGUGAUCCUGAGCACCCGGGGAGACUGGUGGUGGAGGUGGCCCUGGGCAGUAUGGCCGGGGCCCUGGACCUGCUGAGGCGGCGCCCUGAGCAGGUGGACACCAAGAACCAGGGAAGGACGGCCCUGCAGGUGGCCGCCUACCUGGGCCAGGUGGAGCUGGUGCGGCUGCUGCUGCAGGCCCGGGCGGCCGCGGACCUGCCAGACGAUGAGGGUAACACGGCGCUGCACUACGCCGCCCUGGGGAACCAGCCCGAGGCUGCCCGCCUGCUCCUGAGCUCCGGCUGCGGGGCCAAUGCCCUGAAUGGCACCCGGAGCACAGCCCUCCACGUGGCCGUGCAGAGGGGCUUCCUGGAGGUGGUGCGGGUCCUCUGUGAGCGCGGCUGUGACGUCAACCUGCCCGAUGCCCACGCCAGCACGCCUCUGCACUGUGCCAUCUCGGCGGGUGCUGGCGCCAGCGGCAUCGUGGAGGUCCUCACCGAGGUGCCGGGAAUCGACGUCACCGCCACGAACAGCCAGGGCUUCACCCUGCUGCACCAUGCGUCCCUCAAGGGCCACACGCUAGCUGUCCGGAGGCUUCUCGCUCGCGCACGCCAGCUGGUGGACGCCCAGAAGGAGGAUGGCUUCACGGCCUUGCACUUGGCCGCCGUUAACAACCACCGGGAGGUGGCCCAGAUUCUCAUCCGCGAGGGCCGCUGUGACGUGAACGUCCGCAACCGGAAGCUCCAGUCCCCGCUGCACCUGGCCGUGCAGCAGGCCCACGUGGGGCUGGUGCCGCUGCUGGUGGACGCGGGCUGCAGCGUCAAUGCCGAGGACGAGGAGGGGGACACGGCCUUGCACGUGGCGCUGCAGCGUCAUCAGCUGCUGCCUCUGGUGGCCGAUGGGGCUGGGGGGGACCCAGGGCCCUUACAGCUGCUGUCCAGGCUACAGGCCUCGGGCCUCCCGGGCAGCGGGGAGCUGACGGCGGGCGCGGCGAUCGCCUGCUUCCUGGCGCUGGAGGGCGCCGACCUGAGCUACGCCAACCACCGCGGCCGGAGCCCGCUGGACCUGGCCGCCGAGGGCCGCGUGCUCAAGGCCCUGCAGGGCUGCGCGCAGCGCUUCCGGGAGCGGCACGCGGGCGGCAGCGGGGGCGCGGCCGCGGGCCCGAGGCUGCUGCUGGGCCCCCCCAACACCGUGACGAACCUGCACGUGGCCGCGCCGUCGGAGCCCGAGGCCGCCGAGUGCCUGGUGUGCUCGGAGCUGGCGCUGCUGGUGCUGUUCUCGCCGUGCCAGCACCGCACGGUGUGCGAGGAGUGCGCGCGCAGGAUGAAGAAGUGCAUCAGGUGCCAGGUGGCCAUCGGCAAAAAGCUGCGCCCAGACGGCACGGAGGUGGCCAGCGCGAUCCCGGCGCCCGGCCCGCCGCGGCAGCUGGUGGAGGAGCUGCAGAGCCGCUACCGGCAGAUGGAGGAGCGCAUCACCUGCCCCAUCUGCAUCGACAGCCACAUCCGCCUCGUGUUCCAGUGCGGCCACGGCGCGUGCGCACCCUGCGGCGCCGCGCUCAGCGCCUGCCCCAUCUGCCGCCAGCCCAUCCGCGACCGCAUCCAGAUCUUCGUGUAGCCCCCCCGCCCCGCGCCCCGGCCGCGCCCGCCGCCUUCCGGAGCCACGUCCCCCCGUCGCCUUCGCAAGCCCCCGCGCCGUGUUUUAUAAAAAGAUUCUCGGACUUU